GCAAAGAGGAAGGAAAAUGAUGAUUAUUAUUCUGUGGUUAUUGGUACGUGUGUGUGUCUGUGUGGAUGAGCAUGUUUUUGCGGCGAUGGGUCUGGGAUCCGUGGAGAGACAGAGAGAGUCCUUGAUGGAAUCGACCACCGUUUGAGUGGUAUAUUUAGGCGCCGCGUUACGUCACCGCGCGACGUCAGAUACUCGAGUCGUGCGGAUGGCAUUGCCGGUCUACGGCGACGACGACGACGUCGGGCACGAUCGUGGUGGGGCGACGAAAGAGGUGGAGGACGAAGAGGAGGAGAUGGACGGUGGUGGAUGAGGGGGCGGGGGGCGUGAAAGGACGUCUGGGUGGGGGACGAGACGAGCGUUCCCAUUGGCCAGCAGCGUUCAUUGCGACUUCCAAAUAUGGAACAGAUGCUCCAUUCAUAAAAGUAAAGUUGCGCUCGCGUCGCGACCAGUUUCCGAGCGACAUCCGAGAGAGCCGGUUACGUUCGCAGUUGUAGUUGUGCAUCACGCAGAUCCAGGUAUCUAAUACUCCUGCUGCUACUGAAAGAUACAGAAGAAGAUACACGCAACAGAUGUAGCUGUUACUACUGACGAUAAAAACGCAACUGAAGAUAUAAAUAAAUAAAUAAACAUUGUGGGGUGCGCUCGACUAUAUAUAGUGGAUAGUACACACUGCUGGUUGUGGUUAAAAGUUGUUGCUACGAUACCGAUUCACGGAUGACAGUGGUGGGUGGUUGCAGUUGUUGUUGUUGUUUCUGCAGUUGUUUACCCAGAGCCGCCUACGCGCCCCUGUCGCCACCCCCGCGACGAGCGGCGACGGGACCGCGAGUGUAGUGCGAUCAGGAGCUGCUACGUCCUCCGCCUCCUCCUCCACUACAUCCAACGGCGGUGAUACUUGUUUUUCUACAUCUUCAUCGAUUCCUUCGGGCGGCGGGAAUUCCUUCUCCACCGAAGACGAGGAGAAGAAUCGCGCCUACAACAUGAUCAUGGACGGCUUGGACACGCUGCCCUCACAGCACCACCACCAUCAUCAUCAUCACCACCAUCACGCCUCGGCCUUCCUGCUGACGGAGACGGCGGCUGCUGCGGCCGCCGCCCAUCACUUCAACGUGCUCAGCUUCGACACGUGCCUGUACAAGGCGACGGGUACGAGCCUCGAAGCCGGCGGCGGCUGCUCUCCUCUUCCUGCCGUCACCUGUUCCUCCAUAGCCGAGGACGCGCGGUCCUCCUCCGAGGAGCCGCAACCGGGAGAUCUCAACACGCCGGUCACCACGUCCGGAGACACACUCUCGUUCUUCGGACCAUCCACAGUCGUCGAACCUCCGCCCAUCACAGGUUCUUUGGACCCGGAGGAACUGUCGCUGGAGCAGACCGGAAGCCCGAGACAUUCGCCGACGGGAAGCAGUCACCUGGGGGAGCGAAGCACGCCGCAGGAGAGCGCCAUCAGUCCAGGGGGACACGAAGAGGAGGCGACGAGUAACAGCGCGAUGAGCAUGUAUCCGAACAACAACAAUAACAACAACAACAAUAAUAAUAACAACAACAACACGAAGCUGCAGCAGAGGAAUAUGUACGGGACGAGUCCGGGUUUAUCGAGCGGGAAUAUGCAGAUGCAUCCUGAAAGUCCUCUAGGCUUGGCGAGUCAGGAUAUGCAUUCGCCUUCAUCUGUGAAUCCGUGGUUGAUGUCCACCGGAGAUAAACCUUUAUAUCCUGCAAUGUACGGGCUCCUCGGGCAAUCGGGGAGUUCGCAAUCGCCGCAGCAGUAUCCUUCGGCGACGCCGAGUCCUGCUGGAACGCAGUACGACGAUCGCUCUCAAACUGAUCAACUCAUGCAGCUGAGCAUGGAGUGCAAUUUGAAGCAACCACCGACUUACACCAGUUGCUCCGCGUCGUCUGGGCUUCAAAUGGAGAUGCAGCAGCAGGAUCUGGUUUACGCGAGGCAACCGCUCGUUUCGAAUCCGGCGAAAUAUCAAUGGGACUCGCAGGAUUACAGUCCGGGGCUGGUGCCUCCACCGCCGCAGUCUUCAUCGACGCUCGUGCCUAAGCAGGAGCCGUUCAGUUCGGGAUGUUCGGGGGAGAUGUCGCAGCAGUCAGGUGGAAGUUACGGUGUAGCCUUGGCAGAGUACAACCCUUCGACCAGCAAAGGACACGAGAUCCUCUCGCAGGUGUAUCAGCAAUCGCCGAUCCCGCUGAAGCUGGUGCCGGUGAAGCCGCGCAAAUACCCGAACAGACCGAGCAAAACCCCGGUGCACGAGCGGCCGUACGCCUGUCCGGUGGAGAACUGCGACCGAAGGUUCUCCAGGUCCGACGAGCUGACGCGCCACAUCCGCAUCCACACCGGACAAAAACCCUUCCAGUGUCGCAUCUGCAUGCGCUCGUUCUCCAGGUCCGAUCACCUCACCACGCACAUCAGGACGCACACGGGAGAGAAACCCUUCUCCUGCGACGUCUGCGGUCGCAAAUUCGCGCGCAGCGACGAAAAGAAACGGCACGCCAAAGUCCACCUCAAGCAACGCAUGAAGAAGGAAAACAAAUUAUCGUCAUCGACGACAUCAUCCUCUUCCGCAGCAACCAACUCCCAGCAACAGCAACAACAACAACAACAGCAGAUGAACAACCAGCACCAACAGCAACAGGUCCAGCAGCAUCACCAUCUGCAUCCUCACCAGCAUCACAUGCACACCGUGACCAGCGACGAGGGCCUCACCCUUCCCGUCGUCACGACGACCCUGUGAGACUUACCAACGGCCGAAUUGGCCCCAGGUGAAUGUGUUCUCUUCAUCCGCGACGACUGUGAUCUCGGCACCGACGCCGCCCGCCUCAUCUACGUGCGGAUCGAGUAAACUUUAGUAUUGUUGUUGCUGUCCGCAAAACGCAUCAAUCAAUUCGAAAGAAUGCAAAAAAAAAA